ACAGCCGCGCGCGAGUGGUGGUGCGCACCUGCAUGGAGGCACCACUCCACUUCACGGCGCGCAGGUACCCAGCAUUUUCCGAGACCUUGACCGUAAAAACGCCCGUCGCCCCCACACGCCUGGCCACGGCGGCGUCACGCCAAGUGUCGUGGCGCUCGGGGUGGAAGCUAUAGUGCCCAGACCUUUGCCUCCCUUCUCAGAUCACUAGGAGUACUCCAGAUCAGUCUCAGUAGUCAGUACAGUCCUCCUCCUUGCUUCCCUAUAUAGGCAGGUUCACUUCACCGGUGACACCCACUACCCUUGUCUGUUGUCUUUGUUGCCAAGGAGGAAAGCAAACAGGGGCCUUGCAGGAGCUAUCAACAAAAGCCAUGGUCUCCAUGAGGAAGAAGAAGAAGGCCUUUGCUGUUGCAGCUGCAACCACCUUGCUUUCCCCUCCUCGGUCCUCCUCCUCCUCCUCCUCCACGGCGUCCUCCUGCAUUGUGCCGCCGCGCACUGAGAGCGGCAAGAAGAAGAGUAAGCACAGGAAGAGGGCCAAGGAUGGCACCGGCGGUGACGACGACGACGCCGCCGUUGCUGCUGCGCCGAGGAAGGGAUCCUCCAUCUACAAGGGCGUGGCAAGGCACAGGGGUUCAGGGAAGUACGAGGCGCACCUGUGGGACAAGCAAGGCUGGAACCCAAACCAGACAAGGAAGAGAGGCAGGCAAGUCUAUCUGGGAGCUUAUGACACAGAGGAGGCUGCAGCUCGCACUUAUGAUCUUGCGGCACUCAAGAUCUGGGGCUCAGACCAUGUCCUAAACUUCCCGAUUGACACGUACAGGAAGGAGCUUGAGAGGAUGCAGCGAAUGACAAGGGAGGAGUACCUGGCUACUCUGAGGCGCAAGAGCAGUGGCUUCUCCAGGGGUGUCUCCAAGUACAGGGGAGUGGCAAAGCAUCACCACAACGGCCGGUGGGAGGCCAGGAUAGGCCGAGCUGUAGGCAAGAAAUACCUCUACCUGGGAACAUUCGAUACCCAGGAGGAGGCAGCCACGGCCUACGACCUGGCGGCGAUACAGCUCCGCGGCCGCAGCGCGGUCACCAACUUCGACGCCAGCUGCUACACCUACACGGACCACCUGCCGCCGCCGCCGCCGCCGCAGCCACCGUCCGUCUGCAAGACCGAGCCGGAGCUGGAGCCGCCGCAGCCGGCGGCGCCUCCAGGCUCGGAGUCACUUCUCCGGCCCAAGAUGGAGCCCUGCGACGACUGGGAGCCGCCGGCGAUUUGCCCGUCGCUCCGUGACGCGGACGACGCGGACCACGCCAUCGCCGAGAUCCUGCCGGCGCUCUGCAUGGACCGCGCCGACUUCGAGGCCAGGUACCCUGCCCGCCGCGCCCGCGACGCCGCCGCCGACGGCUGGUCGACGUCGUCGGACGACGUCGCCGCCGCCUCCGUCGACGAUGACGUGCUGCGUAGCCUGCCAGACGACGUGGGCUUCGUCGACGACGUCGAGAGCCUCUUCCUGGACGCGCCCGGCCCGGCCGCCGCCGCCGCCGCCGCCGCGAUGCCAGACGACGUGGAACGCGCGGUGCAGCGCGCGCCUUCUGCCGCGUCUCGUCGGGCCAACGCCGCGGCGGUCUCCUACGCGAUCAGCUCGUUGGCGUCCGGGCGCUGGUGGUAUUGACAUCACGUACUGACGUACGUGUCGGUGUCACGCCAUGUCGCGCAUGCAUGCACUGUGUUUGCACAGCUUCGCAAAGUUGGUGAAACUGCAGCUAGCCAGCUAUAGUUAGGGUGUUGCGUUUUGGUGGGUAUGAUGUGAAGUGAAGUGGAGUAGCUUGAGCUUGACAAGCGUGGUCCAAUUUUUGGCGAGUAAUUGCGGGCGAUAUGCUAGCCAGGAGUAUCUGCGUGGCUGCUCGAUCUCAUUGUAGUACGUGAAAGUGGAAGAAACAGGAGAAGGCUCACACUUUUGGGUGUAACUCCACUGUGGUAGCGAGCUGGUUUUGGUACUUGCACCCUGUCGGAUUCGGGUAUAAUUAAGCUGCCGCUUGUCCGAGUUGAAUGUUGGCGUGACAAGUUGACAACUCCACGUAAGAGUGUGACAAUCAUGUUAGGCCAUUCACAAUACAUCUACAUGGCAUUUGGCCUCAAUUGUCCAGCUAAGCAGAUUGUAUAC